AUGGCACUUUAUGGUCAAUCUGACAACGAGAAAAAUAUCAAUAUAUUGAACAAAUCACUCGACUUAGGAAGUUGCAUUUGGGAUACUGCGGAUAUAUAUGGAGAAAAUGAGAUCCUUUUGUCAAAAGUUCUUAAAGAACGUCGUAAUGAAGUAUUUCUUUGUUCAAAAUUCGGAAUCAUUGGAACUCCAGAUGGAGUAAUUAUAGGUAUAAAAGGUGAUCGAGAAUAUGUUCGUCAAGCUUGUGAAAAAUCGUUGAAAAGGCUUGGGGUAAAUUAUAUUGACCUCUAUUAUCUACAUCGUGUGGAUCCUAAUACUCCUAUUGAGGAAACCAUUACCGCUAUGGCGGAACUUGUGAAAGAAGGCAAAGUGAAAUAUAUUGGACUCUCGGAAUGUUCUGUAACCAUACUUCGACGCGCUCAUAAAGUUCAUCCAAUAGCAGCUUUACAGAUGGAAUAUAGUCCAUGGACACGUGACAUUGAAAAGAAUGGAAUCAUGAAAGCAUGUCGAGAAUUGGGUAUUACUAUAGUGGCUCAUAGCCCACUUGGUCAUGGAUUCUUGACCGGAAAGUUUAAAUCAAUCGAUGAUCUAGAAAUAAAUGAUUUUAGAAGAACGAGCCCACGUUUCAUGGGUGAUAAUUUUCAAAAAAAUUUGGAAAUUGUUAAAAAAUUUCAGGAAUUCGCUAGCAAGAAAGGCGUUACCACAAGUCAACUUUGUUUGGCUUGGAUUUUGGCUCAAGGAGAUAAUAUUGUUGUUAUUCCUGGUACGAGGAAAAUUAAUUAUUUAGAAGAAAAUAUUGGCGCUGCUAGUUUACGACUUUCUCCCGAGGAAAUAUCAGACAUUAAUCAAAUAAUUAAUUCCGUUAAAAUUUUUGGUAAUAGAGUCAGUGAAGCCGCUGCUUCUAUCUUAAAUAUGGAAAUCAUUUAA